GUGCAGUAGCGAUGAAGCCUGAGCUGGAGCAGUGGGUCCAGAGGAACAGCAUCCUCAUCAAGGCAGAAGAGCGCUUCUGCAUCUGGCAGCUGAAUACGAGAACGAAACACGAAGACAAGAAGAACAAGGUGCGCGUGCUCGCCGUCGGUCCAGAGAAACAGCUGGAGGUGAAGUCCGUGCUGCUGCUGGGUGAGACGGGCGCAGGGAAGACCCUCUUCCUCAACGCUUUCCUCAACAGGCUGUUUGGCGUCACUGCGGGAGACAAGACUCGGCUCCAGCUGAAAGACCAGAUGGACACAAGGGAUAAGAAGACCACGCAGAGUCAGACGGAGUACACCACGGCCUACAUCAUUUACCACCAACAAGGCAUGUCUGGCCCUUAUAACUACAUGAUCAUUGACACCCCCGGCCUGGGCGACACGGAGGGCGCCGAGAAAGACAAAAUCAAUGAGCAAUGUCUGAGGUUUUACCUGAUCGAUGAAAAGUGGAUUAGUCACGUCAACAGUGUCGGAUUGGUCUGGAAGGGAAGCGAGCACAGAUAUGACGAGAGGAAGAGAGAAAUACUCAGUCGAAUCAAGCAACUCUUAGGCUUCGACAUCAAGCCUUUCACAGACAUAUUGCUUACAUUUACAACAGAUACAGCAGUGGAUGCUGUUAAAGUUGUAGAGGCAUCAGGGAUAGGAUACAACCAAGUGUUUAGCUUUAAUAACAAACCUCUUUAUGAAUGCCAUGCUGCAAAGACAAGGGAAGACCAGAUGCACGGGCUGAUGUGGGAAUACAUGAAAGAGAGUCAUGGCCUGUUUCUAGAAGAGCUCAAUCGGAGAGAGGGCGUCAGCCUCAAAAUUACUGCCCGAUUAAUCCUCACUCAGAUGAAACUCGAAGACUUACAGCGUGAACAGCAAGUGCAAAGGCAGCACAAAGCAAACCUCUCGUCUCGGGUCCAGCAGCACGAAGGGGAAAUGUGUGACCUCGAGGAGGAGGCAACAAGGGUCGACUGGGACAAGAUUGAGGAUCUGGACACAAGCAGGGAAAUCAUAGUCCUCGACGACGGACGCCACUGCCACUACUGCAGAAAGUGUUACAAGACUUGUAUUCCAGCUUGCAGAGCCGUCCACAAGACUGCAGUUGCUCCAGUAAUGGAAGAGGAAAGUGUGGUUGAGAAGAUACUGGAAGUUGUUGGGGCUGUUGGUGCCAUUGGGCCGUUACGUAUUGUUAAUAUGCCAUUGGCGUUGGCCUCUGCUGCAGUUUCGUUAGGCGCCUUUGUUGGGAAGGCAAUCAUGAGUCACAUUCGAACCAAGAAAUCAAAAGAAAAAACGGAGAGCUUGCACGCCAGUGAGGGCAGGAAUAAGUGCAUAAAAUGCGACCAUUUACUAUUAGAUCAUGAAGUUAGAGACAAGAUCAUCUUCAAAGAUGCUACAUGGGAUCAGAAAGUGAAUCUGCUCAAGAAACUGAAGUAUGAAGAAGUCAUGGGGAAAAAAUCUGGUCUCGAGGAGAAGAUUGCAUCAUGCAAGGCAGAACUAGAGUUAAUAAACAAGCGGGAGAAACAAGAUGAUGGCACGCUUAAAGAAUAUGAAAAACAAAUUAAUGAACUCAGGAUGGGGAAGUAAAGUGCGAAAUAGUCACCUUUGUGCUGGAUCUGAGAUUUUUCCCCAUUUUGCCUGUGAACUAAUUUGCAUCCGGCUCAGUUAGUGCCACCAAUUUGCUAGUUGUUCACGCGCUAAACAUUUGUAGUUAGCGGCCAUUUCAGUUUUCCCUUUUUGUCUUCACUUUCCUUUGCUAAAUGUAUGUAUGUCAUUAGGAUAAUGCUUUUUCUCUUACCUGUCCAUUUUAUUUGAUUUGCUCUUGGACAGGGAUUGAAGUUAUCGAGCUAAUUACCACAUAGAAGCCGAGGCACUAAUUAUGGCCGGAUUCUUUCUGUUGUUGAAGUAAAGGUCUUUAUUAUGCUCAA